GACCAAACUAAAGACCAUCCAACAACUUUAUUAUCACCCUUCAAACUUCAAUUCCCCUCUGCAACAUGUCCAAACAGUGUGCAAGAUCAAGACAUGCACUGCUGGAGAAACGCACAAACACCAGCCCAUCAAGAGACAGACAAAAUCCAAACAACAACAACAAUAGCUUCAAUUUCUUGAAGAAGAUUUACCCCAUUGGCCUCCACAAAACUUGCUCCCCUCUCUCCCUUUCCUCUCUCUCGCUUUCGCUGUCCCAAACGUCCAACGAUUCUUCCAUCACAGACUCUUCUGUCACUCCCCUCGAUCAGAAGAUAGCAUUCGCCCUUCGCCUGAUCGCCCCACCAGAAAGAAGAGAGGCUCUGGCUAACAGAAACGCCGCGAGGCAGCAGCCUAGUCCUAGUCCCACUCCUAGUCCUGCUAGUUCAGUUCCCAGUGAUGAUAAUGAAGAAGUGAAGAGGUGUAAUUGGAUUACCAAGAACAGUGACAAAGUAUAUGUGCAGUUCCAUGAUGAGUGCUGGGGAGUUCCAGUCUAUGAUGACCAUCAGUUGUUUGAGCUGCUAGCCCUAUCUGGAAUGCUGAUGGAUUUCAACUGGACUGAAAUUCUGAAAAGGAGAGACCUUUUCAGAGAAGCUUUUGUUGGGUUCAACGUGAACAGCGUGGCGAAAAUGGGGGAGAAAGAGAUCGAAGAAAUAGCCUCCAAUGAAUCACUAAUGUUAGCAGAGGGCAGAGUGAGGCACAUAGUAGACAAUGCCAAAUGCACAGUCAAGGUCGUGAGGGAAUUCGGGUCGUUCAGCAGCUACAUGUGGAACUACGUGAGCUACAAACCUGUGAUCAACAGAUUCAGAUAUCCCAGAAAUGUUCCUCUGAGGAGUCCAAAGGCAGAAAUCAUCAGCAAAGAUCUGGUGAAACGUGGGUUCCGGUUUGUGGGCCCGGUCAUCGUUUAUUCGUUCAUGCAAGCUGCAGGGAUGACCAUAGAUCACCUUGUGGAUUGCUUUAGAUACAAAGAAUGUGUUAAUCUUGCAGAAAGACCUUGGAGGCAUGUCUAAUAUAUACUCCGUAUUUUUUUUUCGGGAGUACUACUGAUUUUGUUACAAUGUGAUAUCUGUUCAUAGAUACCUUUUCAAUCUAUUGAAGCACAAAAAGUCAAUUAAUACAGCCCUAUUGAGACUUGAA